AUGGCCAAAGUUAUUUUCACUGCUUGGAAAGAUCAGUCACAAUUACUUGCAGUGCGAAACGAGUUCUACCCGUCAGCUUCAUAUGAAGGCCCAGACUUGCGCUCGCACGCCUGUGCCACGGUUGAAGCAUGGAAGCUGCGUGGCAAUGUUCCGCACCAUGUUGAAGCAACUGCGCUGCUAACAGACGCGAUUCUUCACGACGAUGCCCAGCACAACUCGAUUUUCUCUAUUAGGGCCACUUAUUCGGCGGCCUUUUGCCGAUUCGUGACCGGCCUUGUGGACUCAAAAAUCCAGGGCCCGCGCAAGACCAUGUUUCAACGUGCUGUUGACCUGGGCUUGCCUGCCUCAUUUGUGGAAUUACGCCAUGAGGCAACUCACCGUGAACCUCCAUCACUAGUUGUGCUGCGUAAGGCUUCGCAGCGGUCCCUCGAAUGGCUUUGGGACAACUACUGGGCUGGAAUCGACGAGCUGGGUGAUGUGCCAACGACUGAACGCAGUGACAUUGCUUCCAUCAGGUCUGCCCUUGGCGAUAUCCUACGGAAACAUUCAACUGGACCAGAGCAAUCGCAAAAGAAGCGGAAGCGGGAUGAGGAUGAUGCACUUGCAACACAACUCGUUUCGAUAUGCGCUGCGUCGGAUGAAGGAGUGAAAUUGCUUCCUGCUUUUUUCUUGGAGGAGUCUGUGUUGAUUGAUUCCGAACGACAACUCGGAGAGCCCUUAAGUAAGGCUUUUAAGCAUUGGGAUCCCGUCCUUUUGAAAAUCACUGAGAGCAGUUCUUCUUUCUUGACUCAUUUUGCCGAAGAGCUGGUAAACAGACUGGCUUUCGACCCCGCAAGUGAAUCACCGCAGAAUGCAUACGCAGAGGCACUUUACUCAUGGUUAAGCCAUAUAUCGACCUCGUCUACUUGGGGAACCCAUCGACCCUCUUUCCCGCGCGGUUAUGUUUUGAGUGCCUGUGAAGAAUGCUCAAGCCACUGGACCCAGACGCUUAGUAAGGAGCUGGAGAAGAAGGGCAAGGUUACCAAAGCGGCUCCAAUCACAAUUGGCAACUCUUCUAAGAAGAGAGCAUCGUUGAAGAGCUCCAUGCAUGUUGAGGCUAACAUAACGUCGGAGCUCGGCGGGCAUGGAUGGGAACCCCUUCAAAAGUGGGACAGUCGGCCUUUGGGGAUAUCUUCAAUCAACUAG